CUGAAAAAUGUUGUUGUUUACCAGUGCUUUUCAGAAAUUCAGGUUAAUGUAGCAAUGCUGACAGUGGACUGGCUCCAGUCCACAUAUGACGAAAGCUGCUUAUCCUCUUGGUUGCCAUGGAGUUAAAUUCGAGCAGCACUGAGGCUGCAAGUGGGGAAAACGAGCAUCAGGCAGCUGCAACGGUCUACAGGAAAAAAAAAGACAAGAACAAGAUCGUGGCAGUCAUGGACUUGCAUUGUGAAUGUAAUGAAAUUUCGGCUUCUGAACAGCAGUCUGGCAAGAUAAGUAGGACGGCGUUUAAAUUGUUUGGGAGAAGGAAAUCAGGGGGCACAAUGCCUAAUAUUUUCAGCCUGAAAAACAAAGGGGAUGGGAAAAGCUCUGUGAAAAUGGGGCUUGUCCGGAGCAAAACGCACGAUGGAAUUGCUGAUAUGGGAUUGGAAGUGAACAAGAAGGAAGACUCUCUCAGCAACUAUCAAUUGGACAGUGAUUCCAGCACAAAAAUAGUCAGUAGUAUGAGCUUUGCCGCUGCUGGUUGUGGACCCAUUGCCAAGUCUCACAGUUUCUUUUCGUUGCUGAGAAGGAAUAGUAAAUUAGAAAAUUGCAAGGGGGAGUCAGUGUGUUCAAACUCUGACCAGAUGAAAGAGAGGAGUUGCAGCAGACAAAAGAAAGGACUGAAAGGAUUGUUCAGCAGCAUGAGAUGGCACAGAAAGGACAAAAUCAGUCGAGAGGAAAAGGCUGGGCAGCAGGAUAUAGCUGACUUUUUAACAUUGCCCGGGUCUCUGACCGCAAGCUUGGAAUGUGUUAAAGAAGAGUCACAAAAAUCUAUCCCAGAAUCUGAAAGUACUGGAAUGGACGUUAAGCUCCCCUGUGAAAUACAGAGUGAUAAUGAGAGCGUUUUCACUGAGGAUGUUGAACAAGCAGAUAGUAGGACAUCUCUUCCCGAAUUACAUCAGUAUGUGGAGAAUGUUACCAUCGAUAGCCAUUCAAUGGACCAUCCUUCCAAUGACAAAGUGUUGGAUCAGUUGGAGGACAAGCGGGAUGAAAAUACACUUGGUGCGAGGCAGGACGUACAAGAAGAAGGUGCUUCUGAGACCGGUUCUGCUUCUUGCCACCUUGCUGAAAGUGGAAGCGCUGGCCCAACCAAUAAUGAUCCGCCCGCAGAACAAUCAAUUGAUCGGAUUUGCAUUAUGUUUUCAGACGUCACGUCCUUGAAGAGCUUCGAUUCACUCACGGGAUGCGGGGAUGUUAUCGUUGACCAGGAGGAGGACGGAAACGCAUGUGAGAGUGGAGCUGCGGCAGAGAAGGGGAAGGGUGGUGGAAGGAAAAGCGCAAUUGUACUGAGCUACCAAGGAGGAGGGGAGGAAAUGGCGAGUCCUGACGAAGUUGAUGAUGAAUACCUGCAGGAAUUCUGGGACCCGCCGCCGCCAGUGACCGAGGCUGGACCGGUCGCAAGUGACCAAACACAAUUGUUUGCUUCAGGUACUGCAACCUGCCUUAAUGAGGCAGGAGACAGUACAUUACUGAAACAGCUUCAUCUGAAUGACAUUUCGAUAAGUAAGAAUGAUGAUGAAAAUCCAAUCAGUGCAAAAUGCGACCAACCAGAAAGCGUUCCAAAUAGCGAUGAAGGAUACUGGGACUCCACAACCCCUGGGCAUGAAGAUGAAAGUGGGAAAACUCUUGCUACCAGGGCAAGCAUUCCAAGAGACAGUUACAGUGGAGAUGGCCUGCAUGAUCUACUUACGGAUCCAGAAGAAAGCCUCACAAGUAUUGUCUCAGAUGAAGAAAUAUGUUCAGUUGCAGAACCUAAAACACUGUCUCCAAAAGCUGUAUCUAGCAUUACAACAAUCUCCAAGGAUAGGAAUAUAUCUGCCAUCCCCAGGCACAAGACCACUAUUACUGCACGUCAAGGGGACGUGAACCACAUUCAUUGGCCUCAAACGGUUCAACAGUUACUCGGAUGUGAGCCAGUGAGAACCAAAAUCCCAAUCGCAAAGACCUCAAUUCCCAGACCCAACCACAAAGUCAUCACUGGGUCAACUGCAAAAGUCUCAACUAACAAGGGAGGCACGAAGAAAUAGCCUUGGAAAGGCCUCUGUGUCAAAAUUAAUAUCAGCAUGUUAUGUCAGUCCAGAAGUAAGCACAGUUGGUCGAAAUUCUGCUUGCAUCCUUAAUAUUCAUAUCGUGCAACAGGACUUUGCCAUUUGCCAAGAGCAAUCUCCUAUCUUGUGACAGAAUCGUGCCUAGAAAAAGAAAAUUAUUCAAAGCUUUAUGAAGCACAGAUGCAACACAUCAUUUUUAUUGCUCCCGGAAUCAGGAAAGGGGAAAAAAAAUGACUGACCUAAAUUUAAACAGAUACGAACAGAGAAAGAUGCUUGUGAAAUAUAUUUGUGAAAUCGUGGCCAAAAGUAUUUACAGAAUCAUAUUUUCUUUCAUGAGCACUGGGGUCUGUGUUGCAACUUUCUUUCCUGUACUGGAAUGUAAGGACAAUAUUUUUCAAAUAUUGGCCAUUAACUGCUAUUUUUACCGUCUAUACAGUAAUUGGUACAAAAGAUGUCUAUUGUGGGACCAGAUUCGAUGAAAAUAUUGGAUGCUUGUGAUCUGCAGCCAGAGAAGGAAGCAACGGAUAUGUAAGAUGGUUACAUAAGUGAAAUCAGGGAACGAUGACAUAAUCAGGACCAGCUUGUGUUUUCAUCACAAUGAAGUCAUUCCAAAUGAAUCUGCAAAAAGAUCCCUUUAAAAAUAUUUUCUGUAAGGUGAUGGGAGGGAAGGUAUUUCAUUGUUUUCAUGAUGUGUCUUUCGAGUUUAUAAUCUGACAAAUUUUUGGAAUAAGUUAUUUUCUGCAUGUGAAUGAGUACAACAUUUAGAAAGUAGAGUUAAAAUAGCAAAAUACAGCACAGUGAAUUAUUUCACAAUAACAGGAGAUAUGUUUUAAAAUAUCUUAUAAACCUUUUUGUACAGCCACUGCUUUAAAUCCACAUAGAGAGUGACAGUCACAUGAUCUACAAUUUUUAUAUUUAAAUACUUUGGCGUGGCCUUUAUUCGUAACAAAGUGAUUGUGCCAGAGAAUAGUCUACUUAAAAACAGUGGAUAAAAUUGGAUAAUGUGUCGUACAAUUUUGUACUAUUGCCCCAAGAGAAACUAAUCAAAGGUUCUUACAAUUCUUUGCAGGCAAUAUACUUCACAAUUGUUUUUAUCUCAUUUGUUCCAAUGUUUAUUCAGUAUGACAUUUAUUCAACUGAUAAGCAGAUCAAAUAAGAAUUGGGAAUAAUCCCCAGUAGUGCUGGAAGUGUGUGGUUUGAGACUCACCUGAUAUCGAGCCCCACGUCUCAGCCACAUACUGUUAACACUGCAGAUACUCACUGGGCAUCUGGGAAGCUCACUAAUGGAGAGGAUUUUAAUUCUGAAAAUGCAACACUGGCAGAGAUCAUCCGUGUAUUCUAGGAGGGAAAGCAAUUAAUUCAGAAAGGGAGGCAAUCCAGGAAUGGAGAGUGGGAGUGUGGCAAUCAAGAGGGAGUGGGGCGAUCGAGAGAGGGAGUGUGGAAUGGAGAGAGGGAGUGGGGAAUGGAGAGCAGAAGUGGGGAAUGAAGUGAGGUUAUGAAAUUGACGGCAUGGUAACUGAGAGAUGGACGCAGUGGAGAGAGAAUUUGUUAGUGAAACUGUCGUUUGAAGUUUCGUAAUCAAAACUUGUUCUUAAGUCAUAUUGGAUGCACCUCAAAAUUGGACCGAGUGUCUUUGAAAUUCUUGACCACAUUAUUUAGAAAAUGUACACUUGUACACUAAAAAGUAGGGGAGAAAAAUAUUCCAAAUAUAGCAGGAAAAUAUAUUUUGAAGCAGAUUAGAAAAAUAAUGGUUAAAGGUACAGAGUGAGAAAGAAAUACUGCCAUAAAUGGAAUAGAAGUAUAUUGCUGAUUAUUUUGAAAUAAAUUAAGAUUAAUGUAUUAAAGAUAAAUGACAAUCUUUCCUACUCAGUUUUUGUUCAGAAUUGUAAUUUACCUCAGUAUUGAGGUGUCUAAAAUUGGAAAAUAAGUUGUCUACUAUUUAAAAUAACCAUCUAUUUAGAAGGGCAUCAUAUACGGCUCUGUAUUAAAAAAAAAUGUAAUGUUCAAUUUUUUUAAAUAUUUGCUGUAAAAUCUUAUUCGCUUCUUUAUGAAAAAAUAACGGAAAUAAGGUUAGCAGCAUAUAAGAGUAGGCAACUUGUGAACAAGACAUGGAGAGGCAAGGUAUCCAUCUCCAGUCUGAUUUCACAGUUUGAGAAUAAUGUGUGUGCCAAUCCAUAAAAAUAUAUUAUAUACCCUGUAUAUCCAAAUAUCUUAGAGUGCAGAGAAGAUUUACGAGGAUGUUGCCAGGACUUGAGGGCCUGAGCUGUAGGGAGAGGUUCAGCAGGCUAGGACUCUAUUCCUUGGAGCACAGGAGGAUGAGGGGUGAUCUUAUAGAGGAGUACAAAAUCAUGAGAGGAUUAGUCGGGUAGACGCACAGAGUCUCUUGCCCAGAGCAGGGGAAUUGAGAACCGGAGGACAUGGGUUUAAGGUCGGUGGGAGGUGGGGGGAAGAUUUAAUAGGAACCUGAGGGGUAACAUUUUUACACAAGGGUGAUGGGUGAAUGGAACGAGUUGCCGGAGGAGGUAGUUGAGGCAGGUACUAUCGCAAUGUUUAAGAAACAUUUGGACAGGUACAUAGAUAGGAUAGGUUUAGAGGGAUAUGGGCAAACACAGGCAGGUGGGACUAGAAAUGGGACAUGUGGGUCGGUAUGGGCAAGUAGGCCUGAAGGGCCUGAUUCCAUGCUAUAUGACUAUCUUAGAGUAAUUCAGUACGUAACCUUUGUCCUAUAGAAUGGAAUGUUCUAUAUACAUUGCCUGCUGAAGUUGUUUGAUAGGUUAUCCCAAUAUUAAUCAUUAAUCAAGUAAUCAUUUCAUGUAGAAUUAAAAUUGAGUUUAUUUGAUCAUAGUGAAUUUAAUUAGAUAAUCCUGUAACUAGAUUUUGAAUAACUCGGUUUCUGUUGGUUCCCAGAUGAUACACUUCAUGAUUCUCCAUCUUCAAAUAUUAAUUGAUUGGGCAACCAAAGGUUUUUUUGAGUAACAUUUAUUUUACUAUCCAGAAGUGGCAAAGUUGGGGAGAGGGUAAUAUUGCCGCAUCAUAACAUCAGGCACCUGAGUUAAAUCAUGUUUUUAGUGCUAUCAAUGCAGAGUUUGCAACACUCUCAGUGAUUGUGUAGGUCUCUUUCAGGUCUUGCACUUUCCCCCCCCAUCCAUCGCGGAGGCAUAGUGGAGCAGCGGUAGUUGCUGCCGAACAGCACCAGAGACCCGGGUUUGAUCCCAACUAUGGGUGUUGUCGGUAUGGACUGUGUAAGUUCUCCCUGUGACAGUGUGGGUUUUCUUUGGGUGCUCCAGUUUCCUCCCACAUUCCAAAAACAUGCAGGUUUGUAGGUUAACUGGCCUCUGUAUGUUGUCCCUAUUGUGUAGGAUAGUACUGGUGAUCGCUGGUUGGUGCGGACCCGGUGGGCUGAAGGGCCUGUUUCCACUCUGUAUCUUUAAACUAAACUAAAUCCCUGUAGCAUGCUGGUUGCUUAACCAUUUAGUGUAGAUGAAUUGAGUGAUUGUAUGAUUGAAAGAUACAGCCAACUGUCGAUUUUCUUUUCACGCUAAUUCCAUAUUAUACCACAUUCGCAUUCACUCACUACACACCAGGGGCAAUUUUACAGUGGCCAAUUAACCUACAAACCCGUAUGUCUUUGGGAUGUGGGAGCAAACUGUAGCACCCAGAGAAAAUCCACACAGUCCCAGGAAGAGCAUGCAAACUCGUCAGUUGUGUAGCUGGGUCUCAGGCGCUGUGGGGCAGCAACUUUAGUAGUUGCACCACUGCGUCAGAAAGGGAAGUUGACGUGAGAGAGAGAGAGAGAG